AUGCUGGAGGAGGACGGCUGGCUAAACGCCAAGGUGGCGGACCACUUUGUGAAGUACGCCAAGCUCUGCUUCAGCGCCUUUGGAGACAGGCGCGUGCUUGCAGUGAAGCACUGGAUCACCUUCAACGAGCCCUGGUGCGCAGCGGUGCUGGGCCACGACAGCGGCGGCCAGCACGCGCCGGGGCGGACGGUGGACCCCAGCCGGGAGGUGUACCGCGCCGCCCACCACAUGCUGCUGGCGCACUCCAAGGCCUACGACGUGUACCAGCGCCUCUUCAAGCGCAAGCAGCGCGGCAAGGUGGGCAUCGCCCUCAACGGGGACUGGUACGAACCCAAGCCGGCCACAGACCCUGAGGAGGCGCGCCGCAACAAGCUGGCCGCGGAGCGCGCGCGGGAGUUCACGGUCGGCUGGUUUGCGCGGCCGCUAUACCAGGGUGACUACCCAGCAGUCAUGCGCGAGCGCGUCGGCAACCGGCUGCCGCGGUUCACGCGGGAGCAGCGGGAGACGCUCAAGGGGUCGUGCGACUUCUUCGGCCUCAACCACUACUCAUCACACCUCUGCGAGCAGCCCACCUGGUUCAAGGACGUGGGCGCAUCCAAGGACGGCCGCAACACGCUGGUGCGCGUGGCCAACCAGCUGGUGGCGGCCAUGGGGCGCACCGACAGCCAGGGGGAGCUGGUGGCGGCUGAGGGGCCCGAGGCCGACACCAAGAAGGAGGCGUUCCACGACCCCUACAUCGAGUCCACGGGGUACUGGCAGGACGUGAGUGUCGACCAGAGCGACGACGCGGCCUGGAAGACCACAGACAUGGGCUGGGGGGUGCACCCAGAAGGCAUCCGCAAGAUGCUCAACUGGGUGCAGGACGAGUUCAGCCCUAGGGGCGGCAUCAUCAUCACAGAGAACGGCGCCGCAAUCCCCGAGGACGGCGUGGAUGACGCCGUGAAGGACGUGGAGCGGGCCGUCUAUCUCAAGCGCUACCUCACAGAGGUGCACAAGGCUAUUUUGAACGACGACGUCGACGUGCGGGGCUAUUUUGUCUGGUCACUUUUGGACAACUUUGAGUGGGGCUACGGCUUCACUAAGAAGUUCGGGCUGCACCACGUGGACCUGGACACCCUCGAGCGCGUGCCCAAGCUGAGCGCCCGAUGGUACGCCGAGGUGACACGCAGGAACCGCCUCGACAUGGCGUGA